AUGUUGAAUAGAGCUGGUUUAAGAUGUUUAAAGCCAUCUAUCUUUAAACAAACAAAAUCAAACCUUAUUAUAAACAAUAGUAAUAUUUUAUCAGUAUCAUCUAGAUUAUCAAAAAAUAAUAAUAUUAAUCAAAGUUUUAAUAAUGGUUUUUUACAAUCAAAUUCAAAAUUAAAUUCAAUAAUUUCAUUAAAUAAUAAUAAUAAUAAUUAUUAUAAAAGAUUUUAUUCAAAUGAAAAUAAAACAAAUUCAAAUGAACAAGUAAAAGAAGAAGAAAAAACAAAUGAUAAUAGUAGUAAUAAUAAUGAAGAAGAUUAUAAAGAACCAGAACAAAGUAAAGGUAAUAAAAAAGUUGGUAAUUGGUUAUUAUUUUCAUGUGGAUUAGUUGGUGCAAUGAUUGUUAUUGGUGGUAUUACACGUUUAACAGAAUCAGGAUUAUCAAUUGUUGAUUGGAAACCAGUUGUUGGUGCAAUUCCACCAAUUACUCAAGAGGAAUGGGAAGCUGAAUUUGAAAAGUAUAAACAAUUUCCAGAAUAUAAAAGAUUGAAUAUGGGUAUGACAUUGAGUGAAUUUAAAGAGAUCUUCUUUUGGGAAUAUUCUCAUCGUUUAUUGGGUAGAGUUAUUGGUGUAGCUUUCUUUUUCCCAUUUGUGUGGUAUUUAAAGAAAGGUUAUAUCAAUCGUUCACUAGCUAAAAAGUUAUCAGUUGUAUUUUUAAUGGGUGGUGCACAAGGUGCAUUGGGUUGGUAUAUGGUGAAAUCCGGUUUGGAUGAAAAGUUGAUCCAAGAUCGUGGUAGCGACAUACCAAGAGUCAGUCAAUACCGUUUAGCCGCCCAUUUAGGUAGUGCAUUUGUGAUUUAUAUGGCAUUGCUUUGGUUUGGCUUGGGCUUGGUCAGACCAUCAGCUUUGUCACCUGCAAUGAUGCAGAAAUUGAAGUCUGCAAUGUCGACACUUGCUCAACAAAAAUCAUCAUUCACAAUUGAAAAAAUGAAGAAAUACUCUCAUCAAGUAAGUGGUUUAAUAUUUUUAACUGCAAUGAGUGGUGCAUUCGUCGCUGGUUUAGACGCUGGUUUGGUUUAUAAUACUUUUCCAAAAAUGGGUCAUCAAUGGAUUCCAGAUGAUAUCAUUAAUCCAAAGAUUAAACCAGCCUACAAGAAUAUGUUUGAACAUGAUGUUACCGUUCAGUUCCAACAUAGAGUUUUGGCUACAAUCACUUAUGGUUCAAUUUUAGCUUUAUCCGCUUUCGCUUAUCGUGGUCGUCUUGCUUUGUCACCAAAAGCUCGUUUAGCAACAAAUUGUCUUUUAGCUGUUGGUACCGCUCAAGUCGCUUUAGGUAUUACAACCCUUUUAACUUUUGUUCCAGUUUCUUUAGGUGCUGCUCAUCAAACUGGUAGUUUAACUUUAUUAAGUGUUGCCAUUUGGUUAUUACAUGAAUUAAAAAAAUUACCAAAAUAA